CAGAUUUCACAGGAAAUCAGGUGCGCGAUAGUGAAAACUGGUUUUUACUCCCAGCCUGGAGGUGUCGCUGUAACUCUCGCAGGGGCAUCUGCCUGGUCUUCACAGGGAAGUCACACCGCUGACGGUUCCUCCUCCUCCCUCCUUCUCCACAGUCAUUUUGACCCAUCGAGAGAAAAUGGAGGACUGAGCCGAGAACGACCUGGUUUAUAAACUAACAACGGAGAUCAUUUUCUGUUUGAAAAUAGUAGCUUAUCAGCUAUGGAGGACAAUGAGAGGUCUGAGCCGUCUCUAAAUCCUGAGUCUGAACAGAGCCAGGAUCCUUUGGAUGUCAGCUCUCAAGCUUCGACAGUGGAAGAAAAAGAGGAGCAGAACGAUGACAGCUCGGAGAAGUUAGAGGAGGCGGGCAAGUCUGUCAAGCCUACAAGCAAAGAGUUCAGAAAAACCUGGGGUUUCCGAAGGACCACAAUUGCCAAGAGAGAGAUGCCGGGAGAUGGAGACAGCCAGGACUCUGGGAAUGCACCGCUGCGCCGAAGCGGGCGUCAGUCCAAGAGGACUGACAAGAUGGAGGAGUUCCUGUCGACGGCCAAGCGUGGGCGUGGGAGGAGGAGCGCGCCGGUCAGCCUGGAGAACUCUGACCCACCCUCUCAGCCCCCCACUGACACGGAAACGGCAUCGGAGGCCAGCUUCGAUGGGACCGCCGAGGCCAAGGCAAGCGGCGACAGCGCGGACGCGAAAGGGUCUCCGGACAGAGACCAGAGCAGCCAGAAAAACCGGAAAGGCGGCUCCGGCACGGAGGACAGCAGCUCUGACGAUGACGACGACAACGAACUCACGCUAAAGGAGCUGCAGAACCAGCUGAGGAAGAAGCGCACAGAAGGAGAGGCAGGGAUGGAGACGGAGCCGGUGAAGACAGAUGACAUCGGUGAGACACCUACACCUGAGCCAAGCAGCAAAGAGCCCUCCAGCAGCCCUGGGAAUGGAGCAGGAAGGGAUGCUACCUCGCCAGUCAACAAGACCAAAUCAGGGGUGAAAAACGCAGGGGACAAGGGACCGUCUUCCAGUAAAUCGGAAAACGAGGGCUAUGACCCCAAUGCCCUUUAUUGCAUCUGCCGGCAGAAGCACAACAACAGGUUUAUGAUCUGCUGUGAUCGCUGUGAGGAGUGGUUUCAUGGCAACUGCGUGGGUAUCACGGAGGCACGCGGCCGUCUUCUGGAGAGGAACGGGGAGGACUACAUCUGCCCGAACUGCACGGUGAAGCAGGGCCAGUCCUCGGACAGCUCCAAGGAGGGGAAGCAGGUCGUUCCAAAGCCUGAUCAGACGAGCUCCACAGAACAAACUGCCACUCCUGAGGGAACUGAGAAGCCCACAGAAGAUCAGGGGAUCAAAGGGAGAAUAGAGAAAGCUACCAAUCCCAGUGGGAAAAAGAAAAUCAAAAUAUUCCAGCCAGCUGUUGAUGCUAGCACACUUCCCACGUGCAUCGGCCCAGGCUGCACCAACCAGGCCUUGCCAGACUCGGUCUACUGUGGUAACGAUUGCAUUCUCAGACACGCUGCAGCUGCAAUGAAAACUCUCACUGAUGUGAAGGAACCCAAACCGAAAGAAAAACCUAAAUUAAAAGCUCAGAAAAAAACACCUUCAAAAACGCCAGCCAAGGCUCAGAAGAGACCUGUUCCAGAGCAAAAGACCGAGAAGAAGACUUCGGAGGUGGCCGCUAAAACAGAGGAGGGUUCCUCCAACAGUGAGGGAGAACAAGCAGAACAAGAGCCUGUUGUACCAUCCUGGUCCAGCGAUCAUAAUUACAAUGCAGUAAAGCCAGAAAAGACUGCAGCCAUUUCGUCAACUGUGUUUUACAAAGCGUCUGCAAAAGAGAAUGAGGAUGAUGAGAGCAAAAAGGAGUCCAGCGCCCCACGAAAACGAUCUUCAAGUCCUCCUGCACCAUCCAAAGGGAGCAAGAAGGCUCCCGCCUCUGGCGGAGUAUCGGCCAAAGCAAAGAAGCCCCCUCCUUCCCCUGGGAGCGCCAGUGGGUCCUUGAAGAAACUCCCUAAGCCUUCCAAGAGCAACACAGCCUCCAAGAAGCCCAGCUCUGCUCCAGCUGCCCCGGCCCCUGGACAGAUGGCUUCUGCCGGCCCAGCCCCUGGGCAACCGGUGUCAAGGCAUCAUGUCACGGGGGCCCUGAGAGUUGCCAAGACCACCUUUACUAUCCCGAAAAAACAGCCCAAUAAGGAGCAGCAGCAGCAGCAGAACCACCCUCCAAUUCCACCUGCCUCGAAUCCAGCUGCAGCAGCUAAGGCCCCUGCUGGGUACUCUGCACCCCCAGGGCCUCAGGUCCCCUCCAGACCUCCUCCUCCUCCUCCCAGCGCCCCACAGCCUCAACCGAAUAACCAGAUCAGGCAGAACAUCCGUCGCUCUCUCACCGAGAUCCUCUACAAGAGGGUGAGCGAUAGCGAUGACCUGGAGAAAUCCGAGAGCGAAGUGGGCAAAAUCGCUUUCAGCAUCGAGAAGGAAAUGUUCAGUCUGUUCCUGAACACAGACAACAAAUACAAGAAUAAAUACAGAACGAUCAUGUUUAACUUGAAGGAUCCUAAAAACAAGGGACUGUUUUAUCGCGUUAUUGGAGGUGAGCUCAGUCCCUUUAAACUGGUGAGGCUGAGCCCUGAGGAACUCCAGUCCAGAGAAAUCUCGGAGUGGAAAGAGAAGGACCCGAGUGGGGUCCUCGAGCCCAGCCAGAAGUCUCAGCGUGAGGCACAGAAGUUUGGCCUGAAACAGGAGAAUGUGCCUGAUGUGGACAUGGAGGAGUCUCCUCCCAUGUCUGACGGAGACGUAUGUAUUAAUCCUACCUCCCAGUCGCCCCGCAUGGCUUCCGCAGCAGAACAGGAGGAGCCUCGUCCUGCCCCAGUGAAGAGCAGCCUCCCAGUCCCCGACAUCUUCAGCAGCAUGUUGAAAGACACAACCAGCGAGCACCGCGCCCACCUCUUCGACCUCAACUGCAAGAUCUGCACAGGCCAGAUGUCUGCAGAAGAGGAGCCUGCCCCCAAGAAGCCCAAAACGGCUCCCUCUGCCGCUGUGAAAAAGGCAGAAGUUAAAGUCAAGCCAGAGCCCAGGCCCUCAAAGGUGGGCGCAGCGGGAGACGGGCCUGCGCCAGCCGCUGCGAGCGCCGCGCCCUCGGAGGCGGCCCCCGGCGGCGAAACUCCCAUCGUGGAGUCCCCGGCUUCUCCCGAGGAGACCAGCAACCCCGCGACGUCCUCUCAGAGCUUCGCCCCCAUCCCCAUCCCGGCCGUGUCCUCCGUGACCAUCACGCGGCGGGACCCCCGCACGGCCGGGUACCGUCCCGCCGCCGGCGCGUCCCCGGCGCCCACCGCCGCGCCCGCAGCCCCAGGGAGCACGGAAGCUGGCGCCGCCGCCGCCGCCUCCGUUGCGGGAGAGUCGGCGCCUGAAGCUGCGAAGCCAGCCGUGCCGCUGCCACCCCCGGCACCCAAGUCCAUCUUAAUGAAGCCUGCGUCUUCCCCAGACACCCGGUACAUGGCCACCUCAUCGUCCGCUGACAGCGUUGCGGAGUCGCGCUCUCCUCCGGAUGGAGAAACCACUGCGUUCCUCUGCAAGCAGGAGAUCCUUUGGAAAGGCUUUAUCAACAUGCACACGGUGGCGAAAUUUGUCACCAAAGCUUAUCUUGUUUCCGGAUCCUUUGAGCACAUCACAGAGGAUUUACCAGAUACAAUCCACAUCGGUGGACGGAUAUCUCCUCACACUGUGUGGGACUAUGUGGGAAAACUGAAAACAUCUCUUUCUAAGGAGCUGUGCCUGAUCCGUUUCCAGCCGGCGACGGAGGAAGAGGAAGUGGCCUACAUCUCUCUCUUCUCUUAUUUUAGCAGCCGGGGGAGGUUUGGUGUGGUGGCCAACAAUAACCGCCGCAUUAAAGACCUCUAUCUCAUCCCACUGAGCUCCAAGGAUCCCAUCCCUUCCAAGCUCUUACCCUUCGAAGGGCCAGGGUUGGAGCCAUCUCGUCCUAAUCUUCUCCUCGGUUUGGUAAUCUGCCAGAAAAUGAAGCGGUCUGGUGUCCCCUCUGAAGGGGAGAAAGGAUAUGAAGAGAAGAAACCCAAAGUUCAAGUCCGCGAUGAGGAGGAUGCCUCCGUUCCGAAACUUCCUUUGCUUCCCAAACCUGAAAUUAAACAGGAGAAGAUCCAUCUUUAUAAUCCAGAGUUAGCCAUUAGCACGACGCCCCCAGGCUCUCCACCGCCAUUGAAUUCUUCAGAGUCCUCGUCGAACUUGCUUGGUAACUCUUCAGUGCUGUCGUUGUUGUCCUCUGUGAAAGCAUCUACUUCUGCUCCUGCUGGUAUGGAUUCUUCAUCCUCUCCUUCUACGACUGCUGCCUCUGGCACAAGCAGCUCCACUCCUCUUCAGCACAUCUUGAAAACUCUGUUUGGCAAAAAGAAGCCAGACUCUGCCAGCUCCUCACCGUUAGACCAGGGUUCUGUGGAACAUGCUGUGCCUUCUGCCCCACUGCUUGAUCCUAUUGUCCAGCAAUUUGGCCAGAUCUCCAAGGAUAAAGUCAUAGAGGAAGAUGAAGAUGACCGACCCUAUGAUCCAGAGGAAGAGUAUGACCCAGGAAUGGGAUACGGGACAGAGACUCCCACUGUUGCAGACAAAGUGUUUGAAGCUAACAAGCAAGUCGAGGCUUCUGACACCGACGAUGUGGCCUAUGAUCCUGAGGACGAAACAAUCUUUGAGGAAGCCAAGGUUGUUGUCAGUGAUUUUCCCAGCCGUGCCUUGGAAACAAAGACCAAACAGGAUAAUGAGACACUUGGUCUCAGAGGUGAUCCUUCUUCUCUGACCGAGCAGCAAAAGAUGCUGGAAGAGCUGAAUAAGCAAAUUGAAGAGCAAAAAAGACAACUUGAGGAGCAAGAGGAAGCCCUUAGGCAGCAAAGAGCAGCAGUAGGUGUCUCCAUGGCUCACUUCUCAGUAUCUGACGCUUUGAUGUCACCACCUACUAAAUCCUUACUGGCAAACAGCCAGUUAUUACAGCUGGGCAAAAAAGUGGAGGACCUGGUGGCCAAAACUCCAGUUGCACAAGUCAUCAAUCAAAGAAGGGAUCCCAGGCAGAGUAGGGAUCCCCGGCAGGCAGCAGCCAACAGAAGACUUACAUCUGACUCGGAAAAGGCAGAAACUGCAGGGACAUCUGGUGAAGUCUCAUCCACAACACAGCCAACUGAAUCCCAAAAUCAACCAGAGCCAGAAAUUGAGCCUGAGAGCACAGAAGUAUCUAUCCCGCUGCUUGGUGAAAAGAUCGAACCUGACAUGGAGGACAGCUCACAGGAGGAAUCUUUAUCUGCCCCCAAAGGGAAACCUACACGAGACCCUAAGGCUGAAAUUGAGAGUGACCCAUUUACGACGUGGCCAAAUUCAGCAAGCAUUUUAAGACCUGAAAACACUUUGAAUCUUGAAACACACAAAAUUUUAUUAUCUACUCCAGACCAAGCUCAUACUAUGCCUCCUGCUAGUGAUUUAGCCCCUCCAGUGAUGUCCACACUGCCUGUCAUGUCCCAGGAAAUAAUGCACGCCAGCAACUUGGUGGUGGAUGCUCAAGCUCCUCUUUUACCGCAGAUGGGAAUGCCAACCACUGAGUUCAGGAACCCUCAAGAACUGGCUACAUCUGUUCCUUUCCAACCUCAGUCUGGUCCUGCAGAGUUGCAAGGGGAGAGUGACCACUCCCAGUUCAGAGAUCACAUGGUUCCCUAUCCUCCUUUCCAGGAUCAGUGGGGAGGGUCUCCCCAGCAGUUUGAUGGAUCCCAAGGACCCCCAACUGCACAUGCAAUGGGAUUAAGAGGGCCUCUGCCAUUUCAGCCUAUGGGGCAACGUGGACCACAUCCACAGGUGUUUGAAGGACCUAGAGGACCCAUGCCACCUCAACAAAUGGGACAGCGAGGCCCAAUGCCAGGACAGUUCAUUGAGGGUCAUGGAGGUCCUUCACAUUCUUAUGAUGGUCCACAUGAGCCCAUUCAGCAACAAUUUAGUGGACCUUUGCCUCCUUUACAUUUUUCUGGACCCAGGGGCCCCGUGCCACAUUUUAUGGGGACAGUACCUGGACAGUUUGAUAAUAGAGGCCCACAUCCUUCCCAGUUUCACGGCCCAAGAGGGCCCCCAGCUUCCCACCAGUUUGUGGAGCAUGGACUUCAGAAGCCUCUGUUGGAGACGCCGAGGGGACAUGAAGAACAGCAAUAUGACAAUGGCAGCUCUUAUCUGCAAGGGAUGGAUCAGCAUCAAGCACAGACACCCCCACACAUGUUUCGAGAAAAUCAGACACCUUCACCAGCUCCCUUCAUGGGCCAAAGAAGUACACUGCAUAAGCAAUUUGAAGGGCCAAGAGGGAGCAGGCCACCUCCAUCAGGUGUGGACAUGGGAGGUCAGCGUUUCAACUCGCCAAACCAGUUUGGAGGCCCAAGAGCUCCAUCCCCUCUUCUUCACCAGAAUCAGAGGAUGUCUUCACCACAGCAACGGGGGCCUUUUGAUGACCACCGAGGUCCUCAUCCUUCACAGUUCCAAGGUCAGAGAGGGCCCCCACCCUCACAGUUUGGAGGGCUGCGAGGUCCCCCACCGUCUCACUUCACAGACAAUGGAGGACCACAGCGAUUCCGAUUUGAAGAUCAGCAUCACCUUGUAGAUGGCAGACCACUUCGCCACCCUCGCCCUUUACUUCCAACUCCCAUUGAAGGUCCCGUUCAAGGACCAAACCACUCAGGAAUAAAUCCUGACUCCCAUCAAGAUGAACACUGGCAGUCUGCUGAUAUGAGGGCAAGAAACAGCAACAGAGAGGAUUCUGAGACCAGGAACAAUGGAGAAAGGCAACGAGAAAGAUUUGAGGGAGGACACCGUGAACGAGACAACAGCCAAGUACCAUCCUGUCUUCCAGAAGAAAGACAGAGUCGAUUAUCAGAAGAGAGGAGGAAGGAACGGGAUGGUGGUGGCAGGCCAUGGGAGAGGAACCAGGGUAAACCUUGGAGUAGAGAGCGAGAAUGGGACAGAAGCAGAGAGAAAGACCGGGAGACUGACCGAAGCAGAGGAAGAGACUGGGAUCGGCACAGAGACAGAGAGGGAGAUGGGGACAGGAGGAGAGACCGAGAUCGCGACCGAGACCGAGACAGAGGCAGGGAUCGGGACUGGGACAGGAGAGACUACGACAGAGACCGAGCGAGAAAUAGAGACAGGGACAGAGAUCGAGACAGAAGACGUGACCGGGAUCGUUCAAGGAGCAGGGACAGAGACCGUGGAAAAGACCGAGACAGGGACCGCGGCAGGGACAAAGACCGCGACAGGGACAAAGACCGCGACAGAGACAAAGACCGCGACAGGGACAAAGAUCGAGAUAGAGACAAAGACCGCGACAGAGACAGAAGAGAAAAAAGCAAGAGUGAAGAGAAAGGGAAAGACACCAAAACUGAAGUUCCAAAAGAGAGCGAGAAACCUGCAGAUACAGAGACACAGACCCCUCCUGACAAAACCCCAUCAUCCUAAUUUCAUAAUCUGCUGAAUCCACAACUUCAGCAGUUGUUUGACUGAUAGCAGUGACAAAAUUUACUUUCAGCAACUUCUAAUGUAUUAACAGACACCUGGAAAUGGACAUGGUUGGGAAAUGGUUGUUCUAUGUAUACGAGUAUACAUUUUUGAACUGAUUUUAUGGUGCUGCUGCCGUUUACAAGUCCAAAAGUCAGACGUUUGUACCUUUUUUUAAAAAAAAAAACAAUCUUUUUCAUGUUUUGUAUUAGUUUUAACAUCUUUAAAACCAGGAAUUUCGAAGUAAUUUCAGUUCAAUAUUUGUUGGAAGGUCCCAAGUGAACCUUGUGAUUUAUCAUUCAUUUGUAAAAUCGUACAUUUAUAGAAUAUUUCAAAUGUUUUUGCUUCUGUUGGAAUAGUUUAUAAUGACAGAUCUCCAAUAGAACUGAUCAUAUAGAAUAUGUGAAUGGAACCCUUUUUGGUGAAGAAAUGUAAAUAUGUAUGUAUAUAUGUAUAAUAUAUAGGUAUGAUUUUUUUAUCUCAUUUUUCUAAGUAGAACAAAAAAGAUAAGCCAUACGGAUUUAAAGAAUAAUUGUGUAAACUGGAACAUACCUGUUAAGGUGUUCCAUUUGCGGUCAGUGUAUGUGCUUGUAAGUGGAAUAAGUUUAGUGCAAGAUGGGAAAAUAGCCCACUAUGAUCACCUUUGUUAAUGACCCCAACACUGAAUUCUGAUUGAACCAAUUAAACCUCCAUACAGUCUCUCUUAAAGGUUUCUUCUGCCUCUUUUGUAAAGUUUUCUUGAUACUGGAAAUAUGUAUAUUUGUGGAAAAGAAAUGUAAAUAUAAGAAGAAAGAAGCUGAA